UCAACGGAAAGAGCCGAAGAUGUCGGUUCGGUCAUGUGAUCAGCUGUGUCCAAUCACAGCUGAUCGCAUGGCACUGAUGAUCAGUGUAGCCCCAGCAGUGCCACCUGUCAGUGUCCAUCAGUGCCAGCUCUCAGUGCUCAUCCAUACCACCUGCCAGUGCCCAUCAGUGCCACAUAUCAGUGCCUACCAGUGCACAUCAAUGCCACAUAUCAGUGCCCAUCUGAGCUGCCUUUCAGUGUCACCCACUAGUGCCACCUAUCAAUGCCAAUCAGUGCCACCUAUCAGUGCUGCCAAUCAGUGUAGCCUAUUAGUGCCAGUCAGU